AUGACAGCAACAAAGAUGGAAACUCUGUGCCUGCUGGGCUGUGGAAAUCUGGGCUCGGCCAUCUUGAACAGUCUAAUCACCACGUCAGAAAGUGAUCCCUUGUUCAGUCGAUUCAUCGCCUGCGUCCGCAGUGAAGCCUCGGAGAAGAAGCUGGCAGGAAAAUACCCCCAACACCGGAACCGACUGUCCAUCUCUCGCGGCAACAAUACUCAAGCCGUGCGCGAUUCCGAUGUGAUCAUCUUGGGCGUGGACCCUGCGGACAUUGAGAGCGUACUGAAGCAGCCAGGCCUGCCACAGGCGUUGGAGGACAAACUCCUCAUCAGCAUCGCUGCUGGCUGGACCAGACAAAAGAUCGAAGAAACCAUCUACGGAAGCGAGACCACCAAUGCCAAUCAGGCCGGCCGGGCAUGGGUGAUACGUACGCUCCCAAAUAUAGCAGCGCAGGUUUCGCAAUCCUUGACCGCAAUCGAAGUCUCUGAACCCUCCCCACCAGAGUCGUACUUGAAGAUCACGACCGAGAUUUUCGAGCGCAUCGGGCGUGCCGUGCAGAUCGAACCACGACUUAUGAAUGCGACGACGGCUGUAGGAGGAUCUACGCCUGCCUUUUUUGCGGUCAUUUGCGAUGCGCUCAUUGAUGCGGCCGUGGCGGUUGGCGUGCCGCGGAAUCUGGCCCACACGAUGAUCUUCCAGUCCAUGCAAGGAACGGCAACCAUGCUCCAGAGUGGUAUGCACCCGGCUGUUCUAAGGGACCAAGGCACAUCUCCGGAGGGGUGUACUAUUGGUGGAUUGAUGGUGAUGGAGGAAGCGGGCGUUCGUGGUCAUAUUGGACGUGCCCUUCGUGAAGCGGUGACUUUAGCUCGUCUUAUGGAGACCACGGAGCAUGUGAAUGACACUCGGCAUUAA